AGGUAUGCAGAGUCGACCCGCACUUACUCAACCCGUCAAAGCGCGUGAAAACUCCCCUCAAACUCUGGAAUUCGGCCUUGGUUCUCUCUUUCACACAUCACCACAAACUUUCCUCAAAUUCUCGUUUGAUCCUCUCCCCUUGCAAAUAUAAGCAAAUCAAACCUUUCGGUAAGUCCACGGCUUCACUUUAUCAGAUUUCAACGCGCAGCCUCUUUACCAGCAACUCCCACUUCGCUGCCGUUCUUUCGCAUCAUCAUCAUCAUCUCUCAGCGCUCGCCUGAAAAAAAAUCCUGGAGCAAAAUUACCUGGGAAAUCUCUGCACCCCGCCCCCGCCUACCACUUUCAGCUAUGAGAACGUUGACAGUGGGCUUGAAACUCACUGUCCACUCCCAUGACAAGCCAUUGGGACGAGCCGUUGGGAAACCGUCCAUUGUCGGCAGUCUAUCACUGUUUUAAUGCGAUUACAGCUCCAAUUGCCAAGUUCAAGAGUCUCUGAAUCGCCCUCAUGACUCUCUCACGCCUCUCAGCCAUUUUGGUUCAAAGAGUCUGUGUUUUCUCGUCCGCAAAGAAAACCUUUUCAAUUUCCUCCAGUUGCCCCUCUUCUUACUUUCUGCAACUCCGUCACUACACAUCAGCCCCCCUUCGCCAAUCUCUUGCCUCUAUCAGAUCUCGGAGGCGGGUGACCACUCUAGCUUUUGCCUCAACACACUUUCAUACUUUCACAUCUUCUGUGCCUCACUUCUUAGACUGACUUCGAGAAUUCAGAAACCCUUUCACACAACUACCCAAUUUCUCAAAAUGGAUUCCUUCCAGCAGCAACAACAGCAGCAGCCCCGUGGCGCUUGCUACUCUUGCGGUUCUACUGGCCACCAGGCCCGCGACUGCCCUACCAAGGGUCCUGCUAAGUGCUACAACUGCGGUGGCGAGGGCCACAUGAGCCGUGACUGCACCGAGCCCAUGAAGGAUAACAAGUCCUGCUACAAGUGCGGCCAGCCCGGCCACAUCUCCCGUGACUGCCCCAUGAGCGGCGGCAGCGGCCAGGCUACCGAGUGCUACAAGUGUGGUGAGAUCGGCCACAUUGCCCGCAACUGCUCCAAGUCCUCCUACGGUAACAACUAUGGUGGUGGCUUCGGUGGUGGCGCUGGCAAGACCUGCUACUCUUGCGGCGGCUACGGCCAUAUGUCUCGCGAAUGUGUCAACGGCAUGAAGUGCUACAACUGUGGCGAGUCUGGCCACUACUCCCGCGACUGCCCCAAGGAGUCCGCUGGUGGUGAGAAGAUCUGCUACAAGUGCCAGCAGCCUGGACACGUCCAGUCUCAGUGCCCCAGCAACUAAAAUGGUGGCUCGUGACUCAGCAAUGCGACUGAGGCGAGGUGGACGUGGAGACUCGUUGAUACCCACGGACAAUUUAUUUCCUAGUUCUUUUUAUGGCAUUUCGGCAAAAGUUCAACUUCUUCGCACGACUUCUUAUGAUUAUCACGGCAGAAUGGAGGCUCACAAAACAAACCGUGCGCGAUUCUCGACGAGUGGCUAGCGGCGACCAGCUUUGAUUGGAACAUAUCGGCAUUGGAUUUCGUCACACAACGAACGAACGACUACGACCAUGAAAUCGACUCGACUCUGAGACAGACGGAUGGUGACGGGUGGGGGUGACGAGAUCAAACUGAAAAUAUCUGGUGUCUUGCAUGCAAUGUUCUACAACACCUCUGGUGCUCUGCUUACUCGCUGCAAGUGGAGAACCCAAGCUGAGGAGAGCUGGGGGUGCUCCUUUGGUAGUCAAGUCGAGAUGAAAUGCGUUGUCCCAACGUUGUGGAAACUCUAACCUGGUGUGACUGUUUGUGUGUUUCGAUAUUGCCGACCUAUGCUUUGCGUUACUAGCAGAAGCCGGUGUGUAGAAUGAAGG